AUGUCAGGUACUUACAAAUUCAAAUGGAGGGCUAAGCACUCAGCUCCAGUAAUAGGAGACUCACUCUACCUGUGGGGAGGGGACGAGCUUGAUUUACCUGAAGUACAUGAUUCACCUCAAAAGAGGAAACUGACCUCAACAGUUGAGACAUUUUCCUUUUCAUCAGCUCGCUGGUCCUCUCACCUAACAAGAGGUACUCCUCCAUUAGGAGUCAUUGGCUACUCCUGUACCACCUUUCGUUCUAAUAUUUAUUAUUAUGCUGGCUGGUGUGGUCAUGAUCAGUGUUACCACAACAGUUUAACUGUACUAAAUACACUGACCAUGAGCUGGACUCAAUUGCAUCCUAAUGAUGAGUCCAGGAUGAAGAAAAUCAAUGGUGGAAUGCUAUCACUGGAAUUUGAUGGAACUGACUAUCUUCUUAUGGUCGGAGGGUCAGGUCCUACACUACCAGCUGUCAAACAUCCUCAGUUUCAAUAUGACCAGAUUGAGAGCCGUGGUGUCUUUACUAAUGAACAGUUGCUUUAUAAUCUAUCUAAUGGUCAAUUCACAGUUCCAUCUGUCAGUGGACAGUGUUGUCCACCAACUAGUGGCUUUACAAUCAACAAAAUAAAUAAAAAUAAAGGAAUAAUAGUGUUUGGAGGAGGAGUAACUAAUGAUGAGAUUACAUUUAAUAAUAUUGUGUACAUUUUUACUGUGGCACAUAACACAAUA